AUGAGUAAAAGGUUUAACCUCCAAAAGGAGUUUGAAAUUAGUUCUCCUUCAUCAUUUCAACACGUACAACAUAUCGGUGCUGUAUUAACUAAUACGAAUCAACAACAACAACUGCAACAAAUAAACAAUAAUAGUAAUAAUAAUAAUACAAAUCAAACUGAUUUAUCACCACCACCAAGAAAAGCAUCGAUAUUAGGACCAGCACCCCAAUAUACUCCACCAUUACCACCACCAUCAUCAUCUUCGUUUAAAAGAAACAACAAUAUCAAUCCUAUACCUACUACGACUUUUGCAGCAGCUGAUAUAUCAACAACGAUGAGUAGUCCAAGAUCAAUUCAACAACAACAACAAGCAAAAGAACAUCAGAUAUUACAUACUCCACCACAGAGACCUGUACGAUUGAACCAACAACAACAGAGAGAGUUACAAAAUGCAAAGACAAAUGCCAAAGCAACCAUUAUUUCAAGUAAAUUGAAACGAUUCUUUACGCACAGACCAUCGCGUGAUUCAUUGUACGAACGACAUAUCCUCACUGCACCCAAUGUCAACCUAUCAUUUGUCAAUAUAUUCAAGAUUAUCACUGCCAUUAAAAAGGCAAAUGCCAUAAAGACAGAGGGACUAUUCAGAGUCAAUGGUAAUGCAGAUACAAUAAGAGCUCUAUGGCAAGCUUUAAAUGAUCCUGAAAAUGUUAUAUCAUUUGAUACAAAUCAUCAUGAUUUGGCAGGAUUAUUAAAAUUAUAUCUAAGAGAAGCGAGAUUUCCAUUGAUUCCAAUCGAAUUAUUCCCCAAUGGAACGACACCAACACGUGUCGACGACAUUAAAGAUUUUGUUACCAAACUACCAAACGAAAACAUAAAGAUAUUGCAAUACAUUAUCGAAUUUUUGGAACAGGUAGCUAGCAACUCAUCGGUCAACAAAAUGGCACCGAUGGCUAUUGGAGUGUGCUUUGCACCAAAUAUGGUGCGAUCCAUCUCAUCAGACCCAGCCCAACAAACCACAGACUCAUUGACACAGAUUCAAAAUCAUUGUAGUAUGAUUACAGCAAUGAUUGAAAACAAACAAACUAUAUUUGGCGCCACUACAUCACCCUCUACACUUUCACCUUCAACUACAUCUGAUGAACUUGUACCAGAUAGAGGAGGAGAUUCAACUACUACGUCACCAUCCACAUCAUCCACUUCAUCUACGGCAUUACCACCUCCACCACCACUUCUUUUUGUACCACCUCCAGCAUUACCAUCAUUCCCAUCGUCUAAAAGUAUCACUGAUUUUAAAUCUUAUCCUCUUCCACCUCCACUCUAUCAAAGCGCUACCAAUCAAUCGGUCGAAGAUCUUCAGGCCAUUCUAUCGGGUGCCGAAAGAGACGAGGAAUGGGAAAACUCUGCACUCUAUGAAGAAUUGACUAAUCUUCUCAUCGAGGACAUUUCAUCUGGCAACAAAGACUAUAUUACCAAUAGAUUAACCAAUCUCUUCCUAACUGAUCCAGACAACUUUAAAGCUUUCUUGCGUGAAACUCUUGGUGUUGAAGGUUUAAUUUCUCUUUUGGAAUUGGUUUUAACUUUGGAAUAA